GUGAUUUCACAGAAAUAGAAGGAAAGUCGGGUCUUCACUGUCUUUAUGAUGAUUUUUUUGGCUGGAGCGACAACCUGCACCUCAAUUUAUGGCAGUGCGAGAUUAGAGGGAGGGGCAGUCUAAUUGUGACGUCACAUCCGAUAAAAUGGCGGCCGAAACAGAGCUUGAGUUGGAAAUAAAGAAAAAAUUAACUGAUCAGUUAGAACCUACACAUAUAGAACUAAAAGAUAUUUCUGGAGGCUGUGGAAAGAGCUUUGAGGUAUUAAUCGUCUCAGAGAAAUUCAAAGACAAGCCCCUUUUGGAGAGACACAGAUUAGUGAACGGGAUUCUUUCAGAAGAGAUCAAACUACUACAUGCUUUUUCACAGAAGACAUAUACACCAGAACAAUGGCACAAAAUGAACAAUUAAAUAAUUAUUACUAUAAUGUAACAGCCAUGAGGGCAAAGUAUAUGUAAUAUAUUACUGUUACUAUUACCCCAUGAUGUCUGAUACAUGUACAUGCGCAAUCAUUAAAUUCUGGAAUUAAAAAUUGUACAAUUUCUAAUACAAAAAUGGUUGAUUUUUUUUAAUUAAAAAA